AUGGACAAUCAGACCCAAGUCUCUGAAUUCAUCCUUCUCGGCCUCUCAGGGCAGCCCCUGCAGAGGCAGGUGCUCUUCAGUCUGUCCUUCAGCCUGUAUCUGAUUGGGUGCCUGGGGAAUCUGCUCACCAUCCUGGCCAUCAUCUCGGAUCCUCACCUCCACAGCCCCAUGUACUUCUUCCUCAGCAAUUUGUCUCUUCUUGACAUCUGCUUUACCUCCACCACCAUCCCCAGGAUGCUGGUGAACCAUCUGUGUGGGCUCACCACCAUCUCCUUCGCGGCUUGCCUGGCCCAGAUGUAUUUCUCCAUCACCUUUGGGGCAGCUGACAGCAUCCUUCUCUCAGCCAUGGCUUAUGACCGCUACCUGGCCAUCUGCUGCCCACUGCACUAUACGACAAUCAUGAGCAUCCUUCGGUGUGUCUUGCUGGUGGGGAUACCCUGGAUCUCAGCCAACCUCCUCUCCAUGAUCCACACUAUCCUGAUGUCCCGCUUGUCCUUUUGCACCAACAGGAUCCCACACUUCUUCUGUGAGCUCAAUAUCUUGAUCAAGCUCUCCUGCUCUGACACCCAAGUCAACGAAAUGCUGGUGUUGGUCCUUGGGGGCCCAGUGGUUCUGAUCUCUUUAGGGUGCAUCAUGGCCUCUUACACACCUAUUGCUGUGGCUGUAUGGAAGGUGCCCUCAGCUCGGGGGAAAUGGAAGGCAUUCUCCACCUGUGGCUCUCACCUUUGUGUUGUCUGUCUCUUCUAUGGGACUAUCAUUGGGGUCUAUAUCAAUCCAUCAUCCACACACACCCCUCAGAAGGACAUGGUAGCCACAGUGAUGUAUACCAUGGUCACCCCCAUGCUGAACCCCUUUAUCUACAGCUUGAGGAACCGAGACCUGAAAGGUGCUCUCAGGAAACUUCUUCUCAGCAGGUACCACUGUUCCCAGCCUCUUUGA